AUGAUUUCGUCUACGAGUACGUUGGCGACGUCGUUAAUGAAACAGUACUCCGGAAAAGAAUGCUACAUCGAUGCAACGAAACGUGGUGGUAAAGGCCGAUUCGCUAAUCACUCCUGUAACCCCAACUGUUAUGUCGCCAAAUGGGUUGUUGGAAAACGAAUACGUAUGGGCAUAUUUGCCAAACGAGAUAUCGAAGAGAAUGAAGAACUUACGUUCAACUACAACGUUGACCGCUACGGACACGACCCACAAAAAUGCUACUGCGGUGAAGCCAACUGUGCGGGUUUCCUAGGAGGAAAAACUCAAACUGAUGUUCGUGCGAACGAGAUGCUUGGAGCCCUUGGCGCAGCCAGCAAAUCCACCACAGUCAAAGGCCGAGAUGCAUGGAACAUGGCAGCCCACCCAGGCGACGAUCCGAUCCCUCUUGAGCCCUCUGAGGCGCAAUACAUCAUCUCUUCUCUAAGACAGUUGAUGAACGAACGUACUUUCCUCAUAGUAAUACUCAAACGCAUUGGCGCCUCUGAAGCAGAUGCUAUCCGGGAACUCAUGCAGCUACGAUGUUUUGGUUUAUUGGCUGGCAUACUGGAAGAAAAUUACACAGAAACCCACACUGACAAAGAAAUUGUCGAAAUUAUAUUACAAUCGUGGCAAUCAUGGCCUCUAAUGAAUCGUGGGAAGAUAGUACAAUCUGGGAUAGAAGAGAAGCUCAAAGUUAUUGCGCAAGGCGAGGACGAGACGUUGAAGGAAUUAGCGGACAAACUUCUUACCAAAUGGUCCACUCUGGAAGAGACCGGGUACCGAAUACCAAAGCGAAAGAACGAAGACCUCCUUGAAGCUGAAGACCGUUCAAAACGACUUACUGCUUCUGAAUCACCUCCACAUGACUCUGAUCCCGACCCACAGCCGAUUCCAGUAUUCAAAGCGACUCCUCUCCUAGGGGGAGGUGCACACAGACGAAUUGGCCCAUUGCCACCUCCGCCUCCACCCGAGCAUUCGUCAUCCACUCCCGAACCGAACCUGCUGCGCAGGCCAACGAAGAGCGAACUGGAUGCGAUCAUCGCGCGUGCGAGCGAGACUGCAUCCCCCGUUCCGUCAAGCAUAGCAUUACCUACCCCUUCGUCUGAUGGUACGCCUAUAAACGGCUCUGGAAGUGGAAGGAGCAAGAAGGACUGGUCCAAGGCGACAUACGACGAGAAACAGAAACGGAUGACCAAGUUGAUUGGCGAGGUCGUUGUCAAGACGCUCUCCAAGUGGAAAGGGGAAUUUACCCACGAAUCGUUCAAGAGGACUGCCAAGGAGGCAAGUCUGCUUCCUUUUCUUCUCUCUUUCCAGCGUUGA